AUGCGGGGCACGAGCUGCGUGGGUGGCGGCGGCGAGAGCCCGGGUGGCGCGGGGCUGAGCGAAGGCCCGCGGGGCCGCUGGCUGCGCCUGGCUCCUGUCUGCGCCUACUUUCUCUGCGUGUCGUUAGCUGCCGUGCUGCUCGCAGUCUAUUACGGUCUCAUCUGGGUUCCCACGCGGCCCCCUGCGGCCCCAGCCGGCCCGCCGCCCAGCGCGCAGUCCUCUCCCUGCGGCGCCCGCGCGGGUGCUCUACCUGCCUCGGUGCCCGCCGCUGCCUCCGUAUCUUGUCUCCUGGGAGCCCCUGGCGGGCCGCGACCCCACCUCGAGCCGCCGCACAGCCGCCGCCGCCGCCGCCACAGCGACCCCAGCCGCCGCCCGAGCCGCCAGACGCCGGCGGAGACGCCGGAGGCCGGGGGGGGCGAGGACCCGGGUAACCCUCCUUUUCACCCAAGAUGGACCGCCGGCCCACGAGAGCACGGCGCCCCCGCCGCGGAUGCGCCGUUCCCGGAUUGGGGUCUGACUCCCUCUUCAUGA